AUGAACUCGUUUCAACUUCUUCUCCUCGCCGCCUUCAUCGGGAUUGCCUCGACCCAAUGGAACCUUGACUGCAAAAUUCAAGUAAAAUUCCGUCAUGAUGGACAUCAGAAGGUACGUACUUCAGGAAAAUACUCUUCUCAAAUUAUAUGUUCACUUUCAGGUCCGUGUGGAUCUUCUUGUCCCAUCUCUCUCUAUCAUGUCUGACCCAGUUAUUCUGAGCGAAUGGAAACAGGAAAAGACUGUUAAUGUGGGUUACAUUUGAGUAUGUUAUGUCGAUGAUAUGACUGUAUGUUCAGAUCAAGGGAAAGAACUGCGAGAGAAAGCCGUGGGUGUUCAUGAUUUACGGAUGGCAGAACAACCAAUGGGUGCUGAAGAAGAAGACGUCGGCCAAGUUCACCGGAAACGGAUGGUUCAUGACUUCCAUCCAGGAGGACUACACUCUUAACGUGAUCGAUCGUCACGGAAUCGCAUGCUCCGAGGGAAACUGCGGAAAGUAA